AUGGGUUUGGGGGGAAUGAAACCGACUCGUGUGGUAUUACAAUUGGCAGACCGAUCGGUGAAAUAUCCUAGAGGUAUUGUUGAAGAUGUCUUGGUUCAGGUUGACAAGUUUUACUUUCCUGUCGAUUUCAUAAUCUUAGAUACCCAGCCUGUCUCUAACCUAAGUGAUGAAAUUCCAGUCAUUCUAGGUCGUCCUUUUCUAGCUACUUGUGAUGCCAAUAUUAGUUGUCGGAGUGGUAUGAUGACAAUUUCCUUUGGUAACAUGACUUUAGAUCUCAACAUUUUCAGUAUAAGCAAGCAGCCUUUAGAGAAUGACGAAGUUGGUGAGGUCAAUUUGAUUGACAACUUAGUGACAGACACUUUCCACCAGUCUAGCAUUAAGGACCCCUUAGAGGCAUGUCUAGUUCAUUUUGGUGCUGAUUUUGAUUUUGACAAAUCUAUUAAAGAGGUCAAUGCUUUGUUAGAUUCUGUCCCUCUUAUAGAUUCUGCCAAUUGGAAAUCGAAGGUAGAACCACUUCCUUUGUCUUCAUCCCCACCAAUCCCUUCCAUUGUCAAGCCUCCAAAGUUAGACUUAAAACAAUUACCUGAUACUCUCAAGUAUGCGUUUUUAGGUCCAUUUGAGUCAUUGCCUGUUAUCAUUGCUUCUGAUUUGAGUAGUACUCAAGAAGAAAAAUUGUUGCAAAUUCUUAGGGAGCAUAAGGAAGCCAUAGGAUGGUCGAUAGCAGAUAUCAAAGGUAUUUCCCCGUCUGUAGUCAUGCAUAAGAUUCACCUUGAAGAUAAUGCUAAGACUUCACGUGAAGCUCAAAGACGUCUGAAUCCUGCCAUGAAAGAAGUAGUUAGAGCGGAAGUGUUGAAACUUUUAGAUGUUGGUGUCAUUUACCCAAUAUCUGAUAGUCAAUGGGUGAGUCCUGUUCAAGUUGUCCCAAAGAAGUCUGGCAUCACUGUUGUUAAGAAUGAUGACAAUGAGUUGGUUCCCACAAGAAUCCAAACUGGUUGGCGUGUGUGCAUUGACUACCUUUACUUGCCAAAGACGCUCCAUUUGUCUUUAUAUACUGAUGGCUGGUUUCAGGGAAUUUCUUGGAACUCUGAUGAAACUCUCAUCGCUUAUGUUGCUGAGGAGCCAUCUCCCUCCAAGCCUACAUUUACAUUUCAGGGCUAUAAGAAAGGUAGUUCCACUGAUAAGGAAUUUGGCAACUGGAAAGGCCAAGGGGAGUGGGAGGAGGAAUGGGGGGAAACCUAUGCUGGAAAAAGGCAACCUGCACUCUUUGUCAUAAAUGUUAACAGUGGAGAGACACAAGCUGUUAAAGGAAUCGAAAAGCGUUUGAGUGUUGGCCAAGUUGUUUGGGCCCCACCAAUUAGUGGAUCCCAUCAAUAUUUGGUUUUUGUUGGGUGGUCAGCAGAUACCAGAAAGCUAGGUAUGGUGUAUUGUUAUAACAGACCCUGUGCUUUGUAUGCAGUUAAGGCACCGCUUUAUGGAUCAGAAGCUGAUGGACAAGAAAUCAAAGAUAAUUCAACUGAAGAUUGUCCUGUGGUAAAUCUAACGCAAAGCAUUAGUAGCGCUUUCUUUCCAAGAUUCAGCCCAGAUGGCAAAUUGCUUUUGUUUUUAUCGGCAAGAAGUUCUGUGGAUUCCGGGGCACAUUCUGCUACAGAUUCUCUUCACAAAUUUGAUUGGCCAGUGGAUGGAGUGCCAUGCUCAUCUAUGGAAGUUGUUGAUGUGAUUCCUGUUGUAAUGUGUGCGGAUGAUGGUUGCUUCCCUGGGCUUUACUGUUCAAGUUUCCUCACAAACCCAUGGCUUUCUGAUGGAUGCACGAUGAUUAUGUCUUCCUUCUGGGGCAGCUGUCAAGUGAUACUUUCUGUGAAUGUGUUAAGCGGAGAAGUAUCACGCAUCAGCCCCACUGAUUCAAAUUCAUGGAAUGUUCUUUCAUUGGAUGGGGACAAUAUUGUUACUGUGUCCAGCAGUCCAGUACAUGUGCCUCACAUCAAGUAUGGUUUUCUUGAUAAAGAAAGUAAAAGUACUGCAUGGAAUUGGUUAGAUGUACCGAGCCCCACAAAUGAAUGCUCUGGAAAGGUUAAAUCAUUGCUCUCAUCUCUACAGUUCAGUAUAAUGAAGAUUCCUGUCAAGGAUGUUUCUGAUAGCCUAACAAAAGGUGCUAGAAAACCUUUUGAAGCUAUUUUUGUCUCUUCCAAAGCUAAAAGAACUGAUCCAAUUGAUCCAUUAAUUGUAAUCCUUCACGGUGGCCCACAUUCUGUUUAUUUGACAAGCUUUUCAAAGAACCUGGCAUUUCUAUCUUCAAUUGGGUUCAACUUGCUACUUGUAAAUUAUCGAGGUUCAGUGGGCUUUGGUGAGGAAGCACUUCAAUCACUUCCGGGGAAAGUUGGCUCCCAGGAUGUAAAUGAUGUACUGGUGGCUAUAGAUCAUGUGAUUGACUUGGGGCUUGCUAGUCCAUCAAAAAUUGCAGUUCUUGGUGGUUCUCAUGGUGGCUUUUUAACAACUCACUUGAUCGGCCAGGCACCAGAGAAGUUUGCUGCGGCUUGUGCAAGGAAUCCUGUUUGUAACCUUGCACUGAUGGUUGGUACAACAGACAUCCCUGAUUGGUGCUAUGUGGAGGCAUAUGGAAGUGAAGGUAAAAAUAUCUACUCAGAAGCACCUUCAGCUGAGGAUCUGGCUCUUUUUCACAGCAAGUCUCCUAUUUCACAUAUUUUGAAGGUCAAAACACCCACCCUUUUUCUUUUGGGUGCUCAGGAUCUUCGUGUUCCGAUUUCCACUGGAUUGCAAUAUGCUCGAGCAUUGAAGGACAAAGGAGUUGCUGUCAAAGUCAUUAUGUUCCCUAAUGAUAUCCAUCCAAUUGACAGGCCUCAAUCCGACUUUGAGAGCUUUCUUAAUAUCGGCGUGUGGUUUAAGAAAUAUUUGUUCUAGAUGAGCAGAACCUUGGAAUUUUAAUGUUACUCUUUUCAGGGGAAAAUUAUUACAAAUCCAUCAUGAAAUAGCAGUUUGGUAAAUUCAUAUUAUGAGAGAUGUGCCCUACUUGUAACCAAAUUCAUCACCUUCAAGUAGUCGUUUCUUAUAUCUUUGAAACGUUAAUAUCAAUGCAUAACUAUUGCGUAUGAUGAGGUGAUUUGGUGACAUGGAUAUUUCUACAAUGCAUUUGUUGUGUUAAAACAGUGUUCUGAAGAACAUUUACAUCUACACUGCAUCCUUCUGGUUCAGACUUACUAGGUAUAUGUUA